AUGGCAGAAGUCACUGAACUCAAAUCCUUUUCUUUUUCAAAGCUUUCCUCGACUGAUAAUUAUGAUGAAAUCGCUGCGCUUGGGAAAGAAAUUGUCGAGGAAUUUCAGAAGGUUGGCUUUUUGAGACUCGUUGAUAUUCCAGAUUUCGAGGACAAGGAACUUCUCGAUGCAAUUAAAUUUUACUACGGUCGGCCAAAAGAAGAAAAGAUGAAAUUGGCCCUGAAAAGAUUUCAUGCUGAAAACAAAAAUGAAUACAGGGGAUACAUGCCGCUAGUGAAAAAUCUUCCUGUUUUUAAAGAACAAACUGAUUUUGGCAACGACUCGAUCGUGGAACCGCCGGAAAAUGCCCCUGAUUAUGAAAAAUUCACGAAAGAAAAGAACUGCUACCCUCAUGAAGAAUUUGGCAGGACAGUGGACAAGUUUUAUCGAAUUUAUCAUGACUGCGCUUUAUUGAUUUUGCGAUUUCUCGCGAUCGGAAUCGGCGUUGAAGAAAGUUAUUUUACUGACUUUUUCUUUGAAAACCAAACAGACCAACAUCUCAGCACUUUUCGCCUCCUACACUACCCGCCAAAAGGAAAAAUUUCAAAUCUUUCGGACAAAGACAUCCCGAUUUCGACCCCAGAACACUCUGAUUCCUCUCUGCUCACUCUUUUGAGCACCUUUGAAAAUUAUGGUCUCCAAGUCCGAAACAAGGAGAACACUUGGGUCUGGGUUCGCCCGGUGAAAAAUACGCUGAUUGUCAACUUGGGAAGUAUGAUUGAGGAAAUUACAGAAGGAAAGCUUCCUGCGACGCUUCAUCGAGUCAUGGAUCUUGGCGAAAACAGAUAUUCGGCGCCAAUGUUUGUCGAGCCCUGUUUCUCAAACACCUCGUUUCUCAAAAUUCUCCGCUCCGAGAAAAACUGGACAGAUAAAAAAUACAAAAACUACGGCGAGUUUUCCGCCAAAACAAGCGGCCGUCAUGGCGAAUACGACGAAAUCACUGAAAACCCGAAAUUCAAAUUUUUCCCCAAAGAAGAAGUUCUUCAUAACGGAGUUGGCAAUGGAAUUCCUUUUGAACUAGCUUGA